AUGGUUCAACUACCCCCGGGACCCUCCUCUGGCCCCGGGGGGGUCUCAGUGGGGGGCGAUGAGGGGGCUGAUGGGGGCCCGGGGCCCCCGAUGCCGGUCCACAAGGAGCUCUGGUUCGCGGUGGUGAUGGCCGCUGUGUUCCUGGUGCUGCUGGCCAUGGUCCUGGGGCUGGUGUUGAAGGCCCUGAGCAGACCCCCGUUCACCAGGGAGAGACCCCCGCUGGUGUCUCUCCCCCAGCAGAAGAGGAACCGCAUCGCGGUGUACCCCCCCAGCAGCUCCGUUCUGUUCGACACGGCAGGCUUCUCCAACAACGUGACCCUGAAGGGCUUCACCAUGCACGCAGAGGAGAUUCUGGAUAUCAAAUGCGAGGUCCCCCCGUCGGAGCUCGGGGUCCUGAGCGUGUCCACCGUCUACGGCUCCGCCCAUAUUCCUUCCCAGAAUUCUUUGCGGCGUAGCGUCAGCCAGGCGCUGGACGGGAAGUCCCUGGCGGACGACAGUGACGUGUGGGACCCCCAUGUGCAGGGGGGCCACGACAGCGGGCUGUUCAUGGAAGACGAGGAGUUUGUGGACACCAUCAAAGGCUUCAGCACGGUGAGGAAGGAGCACACCAUGUUCACCGACACCAACCUGUGACCCCAGCCCCACCCCCCCCUGGACGGAGCCUUGACCCCCACCUUGUAAACUGAACAUUCUCAUGAUCGAGUGUGUAGCCACAUGCGCUACAUGCUAACCGUCGUCCUCUUUAACAACACAGAUGUAAUAAACGUUCUAAAACAGUGUUUCCCAACAUGGGGUGGGGGACCCCAGUGGGGGUCGCCUGCUAUGUAUAUGGGGGUAACACCGACUUGUGAGUGUUCACUAUUUGAAGGAAAGGUCCUGUGAAGGCCCUAUAUAUGCACACAUCAUUAUGGUUCCUAGCAUGGUUCACUGGGACAUUGAUAUUCAUGGAAGUUGCAGAUAUGGUUCAAACGAUGAACGGGAAUCCAUAUUUAGACGUAUAAAUACAGCGACGGCCAGAAACAGUUAGGAAGCACAGCUUUAAACUAUGGAAGCAGUUCUGGACCUGAAGUACACUCUGGCGUGGGUUUAAUAGGCCAGGAUUAAAAGCCUAUAGGAAUCGUCCUUUCACCAGUGUUAUUCUGAUCGGACAGAUGUCAUGGAGGACAUAUGGGGUAUACAGUGGGUAUAUACAUUUUAAGGCUAUGGAACUAUUAUAGGGCAAAAAGAUAA